ACAUAAAGGGAGUCAUUACCUCUCAAGCGACAGAUAGCGAGGUGAACUUUCCACCUCCAACGUACACAACCUUUGGCUCCCCUCCACAUCACAUGGUGGAUGAAGUGACAGGCAAAAAUUGUCUUCCAGAACAGCUCACACUGUCCUUCGCAGCGGUAAUUGGCAUAAGACUCGGGCUUUGCUAUUGGAUUCAAGAGUGAAAACGCAAGACAUUCCACAGGAGAGCAGGAGGCUGUGAAAUGUGAAUCUGGAAUUGGGAGACUGUAAAAGGGGAAAACCAGAGAGCUAUUUGGACACCAUGAUUUUAAAACAGUUGCUUUCCAGGCAUGCCUAUCUGCAAAAAUAUUCAUCCGCCAGCGCUGUUGGAACACAGAUUUCAAAAACUGCUAAAUGUUGCUGGGGUAACAGUUUGGGAAGGGUUGCCCGUCAGUGUGGCAGAUGCUUUUCUACCAAAAUAGUUCUAGGAAUCGAAACCAGUUGUGAUGACACUGGGGCCGCCGUGAUGGAUGAAACGGGCAACAUUUUGGGCGAAGCACUGCAUUCUCAAGGCGAGGUACAUUUGAAAACAGGUGGGAUUAUUCCUCCCGUGGCACAGCAGCUUCACCAGGAAAACAUCGCACGGAUAGUACAAGAAGCGCUCUCUGCCAGUGGUGUCGGCGUGGAUGAUCUCUCAGCCGUGGCAACCACAGUGAUGCCUGGACUCGCCUUAAGCCUUGGCGUUGGGUUAGGCUAUAGCUUAGAACUGGUGGAGAGGCACAAGAAGCCGUUUAUCCCUAUCCAUCACAUGGAGGCUCACGCGCUGACCAUCAGGGCAACCAACCGAGUGGAGUUUCCAUUCUUGGUACUUUUGCUCUCUGGGGGUCACUGUAUACUAGCAGUCGCACGAGGCGUUUCAGAUUUCCUUCUCCUUGGACAAACAUUGGACAUUGCACCGGGGGACAUGUUGGAUAAGGUAGCCAGACGGCUUUCUUUACAACAGCACCCAGAGUGCUCUGGUUUGAACGGUGGGAAAGCGAUAGAAAACAUGGCCCAACGAGGAAAUAACCUGUGCUAUGGAUUCAAAGUCCCCAUGGAGCGACACUUGAAUUGCAACUUUUCCUUUGCUGGGCUUCAGAACAAUGUCAACAAAGUGAUUAAGCAAAAAGAAAAGGAAGAAGGCCUUCAGCAAGGGCAGCUCCUGUCCUGCGUCUCGGACCUGGCUUCAGCAGUUCAGCACACUGUCGCGGUUCACAUCGCCAAGCAGACACACCGAGCCAUUCUCUUCUGCGUACAGAACGGCAUUUUACUGCAAGACAAUGCAACUCUAGUGGUCUCUGGAGGUGUGGCAAGCAAUCAGUAUAUCCGCAAAACUCUGCAGAUCGUGACGGAUGCCACUGGCUUCUAUUUGCUGUGCCCGCCUCCCAGGCUCUGCACCGACAACGGAGUCAUGAUUGCAUGGAACGGCAUUGAAAGGCUGCGUGCCGGAUUGGGUGUCCUGCAUAGCACCAAAGGCCUGAGAUACGAACCAAAAGCUCCUCUUGGAACUGAUAUCUCAGAGCAAGUCGAAAAAGCCGCUAUCAGAGUGCCAAAACUAAAUCUGACAAUGUAAUAGAUGACAGUUUUCAAAUAUUUGUGAAAGGGGAGUGUUGUUGCCAUCAAAUCAUGUGGCAACUCUUUGCUGAGGAUUCCAUACCGGUUGCUUUUAUGCUUACGUAUUCAAAUACGCUACUACUCUGUAGCUGGUGGCGCGGGCCUCAAAAUGGAUGAAGCCCAGAAUCUGACGUGGUUAAUCACCGUUUUCUUUUUGUUGUCAUUCAGAUUUUUUUCUCUUUUAAAGGGGCAGAAUGUAAAAGAUGCCCAUAUAGGUGUGUAGCAGAGGUGCAACAUGAAAUUCUGCCUUCUACACAACUUUUUUAAAAAAAAAUUGUAGAUCUUCCCUCUUUUUCAUCUUGUCAUCCUAGAGCAAGAAAAGGAGAAAGAAAAGUCUGUAUGCAGUGUCCCCUCUAAGCUGAGCGCAUGAGUGGCUGCUCAUGAACACCGGAAGCCCUGCUCAGCAGCAAUCUCUAUCCCGCAGGGUCUUGCACUGCCCAUUUGGAGA